AUGGAAGGACGUAACGGUAUGGUUCAGCUUGAGCCACAGAUUCCCAUCAAGUCUAAAAAGCGCAGACGGCGCCAAUGCGGCUACCCACACUGCGAGUUCACGGCUCUACUGAUAUCAGGUGUUGAGGCACACUACAUCUCCAAGCACACGCCCGAGUACCCAUUCAUCUGCACGUACGAUGUGCCGCGCCUCGAUGGCGAGGGAAGCACGCAGUGCGGCUCCGAUUACUCUGCCUACGCACAUUUGCUGAAGCAUCGCAGAACAACCGGACACGGGGCGAAAGAUUCCGCAGGCGUGUAUACAAAUGUCAUGGCAGCUAUGCGCAAACGCUAUCCCAACAUGGUGCUGGGGCCCCAACGCCGCCGCUGGCACGUUUACGUGCCCAGCGGACCGGGCGCGCCCCGCUCGCAGGCACCACAGCGCUCAGGCUUCGACCCUGCCCCUCACCCCGGCGCUACCGUUGCGCCCGCGUCCGCGCCCGUGUCGCCGUCGCAUCCUUAUCCCGUGUCCUGGCCGACGCAAGCCACGCAUGCUCCAACGUCGCCCUGCCUUGCGAUGAAUGUGGAUGACGGAGCCUACGCAGGAUCCGCUCAGGAAGAUAGGCCAACACUAGUGCCCCUCGCUGAGUUGGAAAGAGCUCGUUACGAACGGUACGGCACAGACCUUCCAGCGCAUGACGCACGAUCGGCUUGGAACGCGCUCCCAUCGCCAUAUCUGCAUCUACCGCCCUUAUUGGAGUCUUCGCUUGCAGGCGGCAAGUUGCCGCCCUUGCGGUCCUAUGCAGUCCUUCCAUCUCCGACACCGCUCGCGCCCACACGCCACGCGCACUCGAAGUGA